AUGACCGCCGCCGAGAUGUUAUACCAGACCACACAAGUCAGCAACUGCUUGAACCGCUGCUUGAACGAGGGUGCCAUCGUCGCAGGCUGUCUCUCCCAGUGGGACACAGAUUGCACUUGCACCAGCCCCGCCUUCAGAGACGCCCUGCAAAAGUGUCUGACGGAUUCUUGCACGCCCGACGAUAUCACAGGUACGUCUGCGAUGGAACUUACCAGCCAUACCCCGUGUUUUGUCUUCUUGUUGCCAUCCCAAGUUCGUUCAGGCCACCCAGUGCUAACCGUUGACUCGGCCCGUAUAGCCGCCGGCGAGGUACACAAGGAGCGCUGCGGCACUGCGCCCAGUACCCCCGGUGCUGCCGGGACUACCAGCAGUGGUGGCGGUGCCAAAGCCGGUGCCAGUGCUAUUGCCGCGGCUGCCCAGGUGCCCGCGAACUCUGACACCGAGUAA